UACAUAAUUACAUUACAACUCUGCUCAAAUUGAGAGAGAGAGAGAGAGAGAGAUCCGUUUGUGCUUCACUUUUGCUAUCUCGAUUCUGUCUCACUAAGUUCUAUCGCUUCUCCCUCGAAAGGUUCACACUUUUCCGACGUAUUCGUUUAACAUCUCGACUUGCCGUCGCAGAAUCAAGUCUUCUUCUCGCAUUGGCACAAUCAAAAGUCGUGUUCUUGUUGUCAAAAAAACCCAAACUUUAAGUCUCUUCAUACCGUACGAUGAACGAUCUUCUAAAGGGUUCGUUUGAGCUUCCCCGAGGUCAAUCUUCUAGAGAAGGAGAUGUGGAACUAGGGGAGCAAGGAAAUGAUCAAGGUUUAGAUGAUUUCUUCAAAAAGGUUCAAGAAAUUGACAAACAAUAUGAAAAGCUUAAUAAGCUUCUCAAGAAACUUCAGGCUGCCCAUGAGGAGUCUAAGGCUGUCACCAAAGCUCCUGCCAUGAAGGCAAUAAAGAAGAAAAUGGAAAAAGACGUUGAUGAAGUCGGAAGCAUUGCCCGUUUCAUAAAGGGGAAACUCGAGGAGCUGGACAGAGAGAACUUGGCAAAUAGACAAAAAGCUGGUUGUGGUAAGGGAUCUGGCGUGGAUCGAUCAAGAACAGCAACAACACUUUCCUUAAAGAAGAAGUUUAAAGACAAGAUGGCCGAGUUUCAGGUUCUAAGAGAGAACAUCCAACGAGAGUAUCGCGACGUUGUUGAUAGGCGUAUUUUUACAGUAACUGGUCAGCGAGCGGAUGAAGAUACAAUUGAUGAAUUGAUUGAAACUGGAAACAGUGAACAGAUCUUCCAGAAAGCGAUUCAGGAGCAAGGCAGAGGACAGGUAAUGGACACAUUGGCGGAAAUACAAGAACGUCAUGAUGCUGUCAGAGACUUGGAGAAGAAACUUCUCGACUUACAACAAAUUUUUAUGGAUAUGGCAGUUUUGGUCGAUGCACAAGGAGAAAUGCUGGACAACAUAGAAUCUCAGGUGUCAAAUGCAGUAGAUCACGUUCAAUCAGGGAACACGGCUCUUCAAAGAGCAAAGAGCUUACAGAAGAACUCAAGGAAAUGGAUGUGUAUUGCAAUCAUCAUCCUUCUCAUUGUUGUUGCUGUGAUCGUUGUUGGUGUUCUCAAGCCUUGGAAAAACAAGAACGCUUAGAGUAAUACAGAAGACACUGUAAACAAACAAUCAAACAAACAAAAACAUCAUUACGUACGACUUUUACUGAGCGAGUGUUUAUGAGGUGUGAAGUUUGUAUUUUUUACCAAGAAACGAAAAAACAAAACAAGAUACACUAAAUUCUUUUUAA